UUCGUAUAGAAAACGUCUUCGUUCGCACAUCAGUUGUUCGUCACAUGUUCGACGUGAAUGAAUAUCAACCCGUACAUGUCGUCUAAUACGUAACGAGUCAAAAGAAGAAUAGAAAACUGUAUAUUCCAAAUUAGCUAAUCAAAGAAACGAAAUAUUUUUUUUUGUAUAAUUCCUGUCUUUUCGUGUGUUUAGUGCAGGCGCAUUUCCACUGUGCCACUUAAGCGUUCUCUUUCGUGCUUUUACGCUGCUUGCCUUCCGCAUAAAACCGCAAUUCUCGAAAAGUCAAUGAAAAUUGCAAAUUGGUGCGAAUUUAAGCGCUGGUGAAAAGUGUUAAUGCGUAAGGGCAGCAUUCAAAUCCAUUGGGCGAAGUGAAAGGUGCAUACUUUGUUUAUAUGCUACAUACAAACAUACUUACAUAUGUAUAUGUAUGCGUAAAUGCGUGUUUGAAAUUUCUAAGCUGUGUCUGUGCUGUGUUUCAUGAGUGAAUUGGAAAAUUCGUAAAGAAAAAUUAUUCGCAACAAAUCUGUUCAGUGCGUAUGAAGAAUAAUAUUUCCGACCACGUUGUGUUGAAUUUGUCAUAGAAAGAAGAAAAAAAAAGCAAUAACAAAAAACGUGCGCGCGUGCAACAACAAUAACAGCUGACAAAAAAAAUCGUCGAAAGCUACCAACAAACGCUCGAAGUUCCGUUCGGGCGCGCAAAACAUAACAACAGUAAUUCGUGUCGCUGGCGAAGUAAACAGUGUGCUUGAGUGCGUGUUGUUGCAGCAGCGAGUUAACCUUCAAGGAAAAAGCGAAGAUAACGUCUCAAGCGCCAAAGUAGUGCUAGAAACAACAAAAGAGAGCAAACCCUCAAAAUUGAAAGUUUGUAAAAGAAAUUAACAACAAAACAACAACAAUUGUGCUGAAGAAGUCGAAAAUAGGUUAAAAAGUGUUUGGUUUCGAUGCGUUGAAAUAAAAUAAAAUCCGAAAAAAGAUACACAAAUACCGAAGAAAGGUAAUGCAAAAAAGCAAAACUCGCUAAAGAGCCAAUAUUACUAAAAAAGCAACAACAAAAGUAAAAAAAAAAUUAAAAGCUCGCCUGUGUAGAAUUUACCCUACCUCAAUUAUUUGUUUAAGUGUAUGUGUGUAGAGAUUCGAGAUCGAGCGAAAAAGAGAGUGAGAGAGAGCGACCAACGAUUAAAAGUGUAGAGAAGGCGCAAAGUCAACACAAGAUCAGACGGUAAAGGUGAAAGCGGAAAGUGAAAUUAAAAAAAGUCAAUAGCAAAUAAAAAGUAGAAAACAAGAUAAAUUAAAAGUAUUAAAAACAAAAAUAAAAACAACGAUUCAGCUUUUGUUGUGUGGUGAGCGGCAAAUUGCGCAGUCCGUACACUAACGGACUCACACAUAACGACAAUUUGUUGACUACCAAAAGCGGCGACCCAAAGCACUUAGCCACAGCUAACUAUUUCACCAGAAACAACAACCAUAGCAGCUGAUCAACAUACCAACAAUAACAACACACAAUGUGUGCCGUGUACAUAUAGUGAAAAUAGAAACUGAGAGAGUAGAGCGGAUGAGUGGCUGAAAAAAAGCCGGCUGCGGCGGUAAUUUUCAAGUUUUUGAAGAUCACAGUUUUAAAAUAAACGGUGUAAGAGUCGAACGCGCGUUAAACGCAGUGACGAAAAGUUGUGAACAGUGUAAAGUGCGCUAUACGAAAAACAAAAAUUCGAAAUACAUUCGAACAACAAGUGUAGUGUAUGAAAAGUGUGUAAACACGUAGUGUUUUGAAAAUUAACGAAAAUUCGCGAUUUUAAAGUUUCGAAAUUCAAUUUCGAAUUUUCGAAGUUCAAUUACGAAUUUUCGAAAUUCAAAUCAACUUAUCUCCAGCAAAUCUGAGUUGUUUAUGUGCAAUUUAUAGCAACAUUUACGAAAAAAUACAACGACAAUAACGGGUAAAGCACAAUAACUUUGCAGUUGCUCGUGUCGGUAUCGCUCGUGUGUGAGUGACACGGUGUCUGUUGGUUUGUGCGCGCUUAAGUGCAUGAGUGCGUUUGGAAGACGUUUACGAAAAAACAAAUCAUGGUAGAUAACAACAACAAAGCAACGUUGGCGACAACAACUACAGCAACGGAAAAGGCAACAACAACCACAACAACAGCGAAUAUAAAGCAACAACGUCAAACGGUUGGUGCCGGUACAACAGCGUCGUUGAGUUCAGUCGGCAGUGCACAGCAGAAACAACAAAAUCAGCAAUCACAACAACAAAAACAGGAAAAGUUCGAACAACAGCAAAAUAUUGUCACAAAGAAGAGCAACAAAAACAAAAAUCAGAAAAAGUGUGACAACAAAAGCAGUGAAAAACUGAGCAAUGAUACAAUUGAAGAUAACUCCAAUAACAACAACAACAGCAGCCACCAAAGCAACAACAACAACGUCGACGCCAACAUUAACGGUGAUGUUGGUGUAAAGGAAGAUAACAACAACAACACAUUCACAACAAAAACAAUUAAGACUGUGUCAACAACAACAACAAAGAUCGUUUCCGCUGCAGAAGCUGCUGACAGCAAGCAGCCACCAGAGGUCGGCAGUUGCAUCAGCGCCGAUGCUAAAGAAAAUGCAAACGGCAAUGAAUUUGAGAGCGCUGCGAAAGAACGCCAGUUGCCAAGCAAAGUGGCAACAAAUGGCAAGAACAACAACAACAACAGUAGCAGCAGCAAUCGUUACAAUAACAACAAAAAUGCGAAAACACGCAAUGCCAAGCAAAAGCCACAGGCAACCGACAAACAAGCUGUUAGCCAGAAUAAUCGCAGCAGCAACAACAACAAAAGUCAAAAUGGCAAAGUGUUUACGAAUAGCAAAAACAACAACAAGUCUAAUUGGAAGCGUGUUGAGAAGCGUAACAGCAUCAUUUUCAGCACCAAUCAUCACUACAGCAACUACAAUAGCAAUGAUAACAACAACACAAUUAAAAACAACAAAUAUCCUACACAGAAUUCCAAUACGCCGAGCAUUAUGACCGAUGACGAUGAUGAUUAUCGCGACAUAACCGAUACCGAGUCGGUGCGUUCCAACGAUUGGCCACGCAAAUACUCACGUCCACAACAACAACACCAACAACAGCUAAAACAAAAACAGCAGCAACAACAAAGUGCUAAGAAACCAAGUGCUAGUGAUUUAUUGACAGCCGCCCUAAUGGUGCCCUGUGAAAAGUGCAACAAAGUGAAAGUACAAGUGCAACAACAACAAGGCUCCAAUUCGAAUAUGUCCUCGUAUUCGAAUAGUUCGCGUCAAUAUCGUAAAUCAAAAUCGUAUAUGGGUGAAUGUGCCGCCGAAGAGACAGGUGGUAGUGGGCGCAAUUCUGUGGCAUCUGUUGAAAAUUGGCGUAAUCCCAGCGGUAAUAGUGGUAAAGCUAGUCGCUAUCAACGUUCGUUGAGCGAUCGUCGCUCUUCGUUUGAUCGCAUGUUUGCCGAACGCAAUAAGGAUUUCGUGCCAAUUGUGCAGCCAACCCGUCCAAUGCUUGCUUCGUCGAAUAUCGAAUGUGUUCUUACAGAUACCGAGAAAAUAGUGCUCAUCGAACGACUGGGGAAAGGACGCCGGACAUAUCCAUUAAUGCAGUGCGGGACCCUAGACGCACACUCCGAAUCGUCAUAUCACUAUCAACAGCGUUCGAACAGAAUGGAUGUCUAUCAAAUUGACGACGGUUUCCACUCGGAUGGUGGCACUGAAACGCCACCACCCUCACCCAGUUCGGGUUCAUCUAUAGCCUCGGCUUCGGAUCAUGGCUCAUUGGAGAGUGUCGACACGGGCGGUACACAACGUUUGGCCGUACUCUCAUUCGAACAGGUGCGUAAAUUGCACGAUGUCAUGGACGAAAAAGUAGCCAUACAUGGACGUGGUAAUUUCCCCACACUCGAGGUACCGCUCAAAGACUUGGUCAAUAUGGUACGACGCAAAUUGGAGGCGGAUGUUAGUGUGGGCGGUGCCGGUGUGAUAGUCAAGGAUGUGCGCUUGAAUGGUGGCGCAGCUAGUCAUGUUUUAGCUUCCGAGGAUCAGCCAUACAAUGACUUGGACUUGAUCUAUGCCAUUGAUUUGACAUCGACACGUCACUUUGAUCGCGUUAAAUCGGCCGUGCUCAAUACAUUGUUGGACCUCUUGCCGGAGGGUGUGUGCAAACGGCGCAUUAUGCCGUGCGCUUUGAAGGAGGCUUACGUCGGCAAGAUGGUCAAAGUGAAUAAUAAUAAUGACGGUGAUCGUUGGUCACUAAUAUCGCUCGGCAAUUCGCCAGGUCACAAGAAUGUCGAAUUGAAAUUUGUCGACACUAUGCGACGUCAGUUCGAAUUCUCAGUGGACUCAUUUCAAAUCGUUUUGGACUCGUUGCUAGUAUUCUACGACUGUGCCGCCUUGCCCAUAUCGGAGAAUUUCUAUCCGACCGUGGUCGGUGAGUCGGUAUAUGGCGACUUUCAGGAGGCGCUCUAUCAUUUGCAAAAGAAAUUGAUCUCAACACGACAGCCGGAAGAGAUACGCGGCGGCGGUUUGCUCAAGUAUUGCAAUCUCUUGGUGCGCAAUUAUAAGCCAGUCGAUCCGCAACAUAUCAAGACCCUAGAACGUUAUAUGUGCUCACGGUUCUUCAUCGAUUUCCCCGACAUCAAUACGCAAACCAAGAAGCUGGAGGCGUACUUGUCCAAUCACUUCUGGGGCGUUGACGAGGAGCCCCUACAAUAUCAGUACCUGAUGCAUUUACGCGAAGUCGUCGAAAUGUCUACGGUGUGCCUGAUGGGGCACGAGCGGCGGCAAACCAUGUUGCUCAUACAGAAUUUGGCCACGAAUGUGCUCUACAAGGAGCAGAAGAAGCAGCAACAGGCGCAGGAGCAAUAUCAACAACAGCAGCAGCAACAACAACAGCAUCACCUACAUCACCAUCACCAUUCACAACAACAACAACAGCAGCAGCCAGUCGAUGUGCAAACAACACAAGCACAACAGCAGCAACAGCAACAACAACAGCAGUCACAUCAACAAGUAACGCUGGUCACAGCACAGCACCAACAACAACCACAACAAUUGCAAGCGCCGCAAACACAGACAAUCUACUUGCAGGCGGCGCCGACAGCGUCCCCACAAACAACAACAGCGACCAUCUGCUGUACGACAGCCACCGGUGAGCAGCAGCAACAACAAGUGCAAGUACAGCAACAGCCACAAGUGCAGGCGAUACAAACGCACGCCGCAGUGGCCCAGCCGACGACCACCAUUCUGGUCUAUAACGGCGUCUACUAUGCACCUGUGAUUCCGGCUAUUUGCACAUGCAACCAGACGUGGUUGAGCACGUGAUUGACGAACGAGCCGGCGACGGGGCAAACAGACGCAACAACAACAACAGCAGCAGCAGUAGCAACCACAGCGUUAACAGCGACAACAAGCGCAGCAGCAGAAGCAGCAACAACAACAACAGCAUCAGCAGCAGAGGCAACAGUGAUGGGGGCACAGCAACAACAACAACAAGAAGCAGCCACAGCUUUUGAUCAGCAGCAAAAUGAUGUGGCAGCAGUAGCAGCAGCGGACGUAAGCCACCUACAAUUAAGCUGCAAUUGCAAUUGCAACAACAACAAUAGCAACACUUGCACCGUUGUGCCGACAUUUGCAUUUAAUGGUAACACAACAACAGCAGCCACCAACUGCAGCAGCUAUGCUACAACAACAACGCCACUUGCAACUUAUGUGCCGCCGGCAGCCACAGCACCAACAACAACAACGGUUGCUGCGCCGACGGCUAAUAAUUUGCUGGCAAUUCCUUGCUACGACGCGCAAUGCCUGUUGCAACACCAGCAGCUGCAGCAGCAACAACAACAACAACAAGCACAGCUGCUGCAACAACAGCAAGCGCAAUAUUUGCAACAACAGCAAACACAGUUGCUGCAACAACAACAAUCAAAAUUGUACCAACAACAACAACAAGCGCAAUUGUUACAACAACAGCUGUUAACAACACACCAUCCAUCAUCCACUUACUAUGUACAGCAAAUGCCAACAACCGCAUUGUCUGUACUACCAACAACAUCACUAACACCACCACAACAACAACAACCCUUCUCAUUGCAAAUGCAGUUGCCGUUGUUGGAACAACAACAACAUCAGCAACAAUUGCUUUUGCAACAAUGUCAACGACAGCAAAUACAACAACAACAACCGCAAUUUGCUGUCUACUUCGCGCCGCAGCAACAAUUGUUGCCACAACAACAACAGCAGCAACAGCAAUUUGUGCAUUAUUAUCCGUAUGAGUCUACCGCUGCUGCCUACAGCAGCUGAUGGGAGUCACAAUAGAUGCCAGAAGUGUAUGGGUUAGGCAACUAAGUGCUGUUAAAGACACCAAAUUGUCCCCUUUUUGUUUUUGUAAAAAUUAAUUUAAAUCGAAAAUAAGUUUUUUCUUCACAAUUUAUGGAGAAGUUGCAGAAAGAUUUGUUCAUUAGAAAUUUUUUCGAAAAGUAACUUCGGAAAGUGUAACUUUUGAAAACAGUGAGCUUUCGUAAAUUAAGCUUCCAAAAAAUUAAACUUUCACAAAAAUCGAGCUUUCAUUCAAACAUUGAAUUUUGUAGAAAAGUGCCUUCGACAAAUCAAACUUUCACUGGAUUCUAACAUCUUCGAUCUACUAAAAGUAGAGCUUCCCAAAAAAAGCUUUCAUUCAACAAUGAAUUUUGUCGAAUUGUACCUGCGACAAAUCAAGCUUUUAGUGAGUUUUAACUUUUUCAAGUGGGUUCUAACAACAAAAAAUUUGAUCGACAGAAAAUUGAGCUUUUGAACAAAUCGAGCUUUCAUUAAAAAUUGAUUUUUGUAGAAACGUGUCUUUCAGUGACUUCUAAUAUCUUAGAUCUACAGAAAAUGGAGCUUUCUAAAAAAUUAGGCUUUCAAAGUUGAACUUCGAUAAUUAUGUUCGAAAAGUUCAAGUAAAUUUGAACUUUCAAUACGAGAAAAGUCGUAGAAAUCUGUUUUUCAAAUUUUUGUUGCAUUUUCACUUAGCGAAAGCUCAAGUGAGCUUUCACCUAAUGAAAGCUCCGCAAUGCCAGCUUAUGUCAUUUUAGGCAUGGGUUUAAUACAUUUUUCGCACUAAUAGAAGUCUAUUUUUU